AUGGUUGAGACGCGUAACUCGCGCCGCGGACGAUCCGCAUCCCAGGAGGUUACCGGGCCUGCGAUUUCUCGCACACUUCACAGCUCCCCCCUUCCUCCAGUAAAAACACAGCACUCUUUUGCUUACGGUGCUACCGGGAGCCCUUCUUUUCCUCGACGGCUACGGACUAGCCCGCCAACUGAGGCAACCCGAGUAGGCUCUAACACACAAAAUCCAAUCGAGCCAAACGCGACAGAUCUUGAGCGCCUAGAAGAAGCUGCACUCUCGCACCCCGUGACUGGCCGGUUGACUCGAUCUAGAGCCCAAAAGUCUGCAUCCCCCACACGACGAGUACGAGGUCGUCGGAGAGAAACGCGCGAAUCCACGCCUGAGGAUCAGCUUCUUGAUUCUCUUCGAGAAGCAUCUGAAGAGGCCGAAGAACCCAGAGACAAAGUGUUACCCAGCAUCGAGGAAUCCAGUGUUAGCUGGAACACCGAGCGCUAUGUCAUUGGCGAUCCAAGAGGCGUCAGCGUAUCCGUUACAGAUAACACAUCUAGUGGUGGCUCAAUUCCAAACCGGCUACCGAGAGAUACGGCCGCGUCCAUUCGGCCAAUUGCGGUUCCCCCUAUUCGCCCUUCUGGUCGCUCGCAGCUUCCACCCACUCUUCAACCUUCAGAGGAAUUGCGAUUUAAAAGACCGUUAACGGCUUCGACCCAGCUAACUCCAGAACUUGGUGAAAUUCCAGUUCUCGCCCCACCUCAGUCAGAUGGUGAUACUCUUGUUCCGCGCCCCGUACCCGCGCCUACGAAAACCACCCCUUCUCCUGUUACAAGUUCUCUCGCUCCUGUGACAUCUGGUACUCAGAAGAGGGUCACCGUGUGCCAGAUUGUGUGGAUAUCUGUCUUUUUUUGGCUAAUUGCAUUCGGAGGAACGUUUGCGGUGGUAGACGACUUCGGCGGGAAAAUUUCACGCAAUAUUCUGCUUCCACUUUGCGGUUCUCAUCGAGCGCCUAUCCAAUAUACCGACGCGCUGAACAAACUUUCAGCAGGUGUUGACCAACGCCUUAGUGAAAUGUCGCGAGAAGUCGCUUUGCUCAAGGAUGAGUGGAAUAAACGGCUGCCUCAUAUCAAGCAGGCGAUAUGGCCAGCAGUCGACGAAUCUCUGGUGCCCCAUAAAAUCAAUUGGUUUUCGACGGGCGUUGGAGCUCUUGUGGAUCCGUACCUGACCACCAAAAUUCGGCCCAGCUUACUAGCUCGUGGUGCUGAUAAGGCGGUUGGACGAAAGAAAACAAACCCCCCGAUCGCCGCGCUUACUCGCUGGGAGGAACAUGGGGAUUGCUGGUGUGUUCAUAACCACCCUGAUGAAGUCCAACUGGCGGUUCUCCUAGGUCGACCCCUAGUGCCAGAUGAAGUGGUGAUUGAACACAUUCAGAAGGAGGCAACAUUAGAACCAGAAUCAGCACCCCGUGAUAUGGAACUCUGGGUUGAAUUUUUUGGCCGGUCUACCUCAAUGAAUUCUCCCACCGCUCAUCAUGAGCCCUCGCCAGCGAGCAUGAAGCUGGCCGAAUCGAUCCCGUUGAACAAAGUCUUUUCGGAGCCUCUUUCUGAAUUGCAGCGAGAUGACAUUCUCUCGACUCUUCGUUUGGUCUAUCCGAACGAACCGGAGACAGCUUAUUCGCUUGACGAGGACCUCGGUCGAAGCUUCUAUCGUAUUGGCAAGUUUCAGUACAAUAUCAAUGCGAAGCAGAAUAUCCAGAAAUUCCAACUGGACGUGGUCAUUGACUUGCCAGACAUUCGCGCGAAGAAGGCUGUAGUGCGGAUCAAGUCGAACUGGGGGUCGUCGAAUACCUGUCUGUACCGUGUGAAGUUGCACGGCCACGUCUAA